GACGUCACAUGUAAAUCGGGGGGGGAAGAUGGCGGCCGCCGGCGGAGAACCGUCUGCCGAAAAUGUGUCGGAUGAAUUAUUUCAAAAGUUUUACACGGAGGUGAAGCAGAUCGAGAGGAGAGACUCUGUGCUCACCAACAAGCAGCAGAUCGAGAGGCUGCUCAGACCCGGCUCGUCCUACUUCAACCUCAACCCCUUUGAGGUGCUGCAAAUUGAUGCUGAGGCAACAGACGAUGAAUUGAAGAAAAGAUUUCGGGCGUUGUCCAUUUUGGUGCAUCCAGACAAAAAUCAGGAUGAUCAAAUCAGAUCACAGAAAGCCUUUGAAGCGGUGGACAAGGCAUACAAGCUCCUCCUGGAGCCGGAUCAGAGGAAGAGGGCCAUGGAUGUGGUCAAUGCGGGACAAGAAUACGUGGAGCACAACGUAAAGGAGAAAAAGAAACAGUUAAAGAAGGAUGGGAAGUCGACUAAUAUCGAGGAGGACGACCCUGACAUGUUCAAGCAAGCCGUGUACAAACAGACCAUGAAGCUGUUCGCAGAGCUCGAAAUCAAGAGGAAGGAAAGGGAAGCAAAGGACAUGCACGAAAGGAAAAGGGCAAGAGAGGAAGAAAUAGAGACGGCAGAGAAAGCGAAGCGGGACAGAGAAUGGCAGAAAAACUUUGAGGAAACGAGAGAUGGGCGUGUGGACAGUUGGAGGUCCUUCCAGGCCAAAGGCAAAAAGACCAAGGAAAAAAAGAACCGGUCCUUCCUCAAGCCCCCGAAAGUCAAGAUGGAACAGCGGGAAUGAUGCCGCGAAGCGGGACUUUUAGAGUAAACCCACCGUUAUGAAACACCCAGUUCUGUGUCCUCACCGCCUCGCCUUGUCUGCAAUCAGCUGUGAAGUCAUCACAGUCAUCGGGAUACUUGUCGUACGAAAACUUCCUCAUCCUGACAAACGUAGUUUUGUACUUGGUUUUCUAAUGUACAGAUCUGUGAUCUGGACCCAAAGAUCAUACCUGCCUCAUGUAAGAAAGUCAAAUGAUGGAUCCUCCUCUUCCGUAACUGAAAAAAUGUGGUUUGUCAUUGUUUUUUGUUUUGUUUUUUUAACUAAAUAAAGCUUGGUGUUAAAAAGCC